UGUCCCAAGCGCUGCAUUUGCCAGGUUUUGUCCCCCAAUCUGGCCACCUUGUGUGAUAAAAAGGGGCUGCUGUUUGUCCCUCCAAACAUCGACAGACGCACCGUCGAGCUCCGACUGGGGGACAAUUUCAUCACGGGCAUCAAGCGGAAGGAUUUCGCCAACAUGACCAAACUGGUGGACCUGACGCUCUCUAGGAACACGAUAGGAUCGGUCACGCCUCACGCUUUCAACGAUUUGGAGAACCUCCGCGCCCUUCAUCUGGACAGCAACCGCUUGACCCACAUAACGAACGAUACGUUUAGCGGCAUGUCCAAGCUGCACCAUCUCAUUCUCAACAACAACCAGCUCACGCACAUCCACAUAGGAGCGUUCAACGACCUUCUCGCGCUGGAAGAGCUGGAUUUAUCCUACAACAACCUGGAGAGCGUGCCGUGGAUCGCCAUCCAGCUCAUGAGCAACCUGCACACCUUAAACCUGGACCACAACAUGAUCAACUACAUUCCCGAAGGAACCUUCUCCGGGCUUCAGAAGCUCAAGCGUCUGGAUGUAACGUCCAAUAAGCUCCACAAGCUUCCGCCGGAUCCGGUGUUCCAGCGCGCCGGAGUUUUAGCCACGUCUGGCGUUUUGGGUCCGUCGUCGUUCGCGUUGAGUUUCGGAGGAAACCCGCUGCAUUGUAACUGCGAGUUGCUGUGGCUUCGACGGCUGCGGCGCGAGGAUGAUCUGGAGACCUGCGCGGCUCCGCAGCAUCUCGCCGGACGCUAUUUCUGGACCGUAUCCGAGGAGGAGUUCCUGUGCGAGCCGCCGCUCAUCACUAGACACUCGCAAGAGACUCGCGCUCUCGAAGGCCAGCAGGUUUCCUUGCGCUGCAAAGCCCGCGGCGACCCGGAUCCCGUCAUGCAUUGGAUCGCUCCGGACGGGAAGCUGGUGUUCAACUCCAGUCGCACCAUCCUCCACUCGGAC